CUCCAUCUCCUCCUCGAAUCACCCCUCAAAAUCUAGGGUUUCUGCGUAAUUCUGCAGUUCUGCCUUCAACCCACCGCCGUCGCGGCUCCGGUAAGCUCCCCCUCCGCUCCUUCACUGUCGGUGAGUGUGAUUCGUGAUGCCGAGGGCAAAGCUUAUACUCAUCUGCCAGUGUGGCGGCGAAUUCACGAAACAUGAUGACGGCACCAUGUCAUACAGCGGUGGAGAUGCCCAUGCUGUGGAGAUCAACAGAGACACUGUCUUUGAUGAUCUCAAGCUCAGGGUUGCAGAGACCUGCAACUUGGAGCUUCAAUCCGUCUGUAUGAAGUAUUUCAUCCCGGGGAUGACCAAGACCCUGAUCACAUUGUCCAAUGAUAAGGAUUUCAACACCAUGUAUGAAUUCUAUGGCGAAUCGAUCACCGCGGAUAUUUAUGUCACGGGUACUCAGGGGUUCGUUCGUGCAACUCCGACGCCAUCCCCUAAGAAGCGUCCUGCUCCUGCCUCGUUGGGACGUGUGGUUAAAGCACUACCUGCAACAACUGGGAUGCUUAAGAGGGCAGCAUCCAAAUCUAAAUCAAAGUCGAAUUCAAGAUCAAGAUCAAGAUCAAAAUCAGCUGCUGCUGAUAGUCCAAGUUCGAGUAAAUCAUCACCUAGCAGUGAUUCUGAUGACUCCUCGCCUGACACUGAAUCAGCUGGAAUAGAAACACCACAAAGUCCGACCAGUAAAGUUGUUGAUGUCCCAAUUACAUUUGAUCUCGCUGCUACUCCUGCUGAUACAGUAAAGAAGAGAAGGCGCACUGCUUCAUGGAAAAUUGGCACCAAUGGUCGAAUGACGAUUGGUUCUUCUGCUAACGAGGGGGAUUCUAGAAUAACUGCAUCGUGUAUAAAGACCAUUAGGAAUCUGGAUCCUUCAGUUGGAGGAAGUGGUACUGAAUUGAUGGUUAUAGAUGAACAUACGAGAGAUGGUUCAUUGGACCAGUUGGUGGCCACUUGGAGAGAUGGAAUAACUGGUAUGGGUCAGGAAUUUGAGAGCGUGGUCAAGUUCCGUGAUGCCCUGCAGAAGUACGCCAUAGCACAUCGAUUCGGAUAUAAGCUUAAGAAGAACGACUCAAAUCGAGUCAGUGCCGUGUGUGCUGCCAGAGCUUGUUACUGGAAGAUAUUUGCCUCGUGGGUCCCUAAUGAUGAAGUUUUACGUAUCAAGAAAAUGGAUGAACCACACACUUGUGGGGAGGACUCUUGGAAGUCGGUUCAUGCAUCGAAAAAUUGGCUGGUGAAUGUUAUCAAGGAGAGACUCAGAGAGAGCCCACAUCACAAACCCAAAGAAAUAUCUAAUGGCAUAUUUAGAGACUUCGGGAUUGAGCCGAACUAUGCCCAAGUUCGACGUGCAAUCGAACAGGCCCGAGAGGAAAUGCUGGGCUCAUACACAGAGGCAUACAAGAAGCUGCCUUGGUAUUGUGAGAGAUUACAGGAAGCAAAUCCCGGUAGCUCCACAAACCUCGUCGUUGAUAAUGAGAGCAACAAAUUUCAACGCCUUUUCAUAUCGUAUCGUGCAUUGGUAGAAGGUUUCCAGAAUGGUUGUCGCCCGGUUCUUUACCUGGACUCUACCCCUCUGAGAUCGAAGCACCAUGAGAUUUUGUUGACUGCUAGUGCAUUAGAUGGAGAUGAUGGAAUCUUUCCUGUUGCAUACGCAAUUGUAGAUAUAGAGAAUAAGGACAGCUGGCAUUGGUUUUUGGUGCAGUUGAGGUCUGCAAUCUCGAGCUCAGAGCCGAUAACAUUUGUCUCCGACAGGGAGAAGGAGCUGAGAGAGUCGAUGAUCGAAGUAUUUACCGGUUCGUACCAUCGUUAUUCACUAUAUCACUUGCUGGAAGAAUUCAAGAGAAAUCUCAAGGGCCCAUUUCAUGGAGACGGCAGACCAUCUCUGCCUGUAAACAUGUUGGCUGCUGCAUGCACUCGUCGGCUCGAAACCUUCAACAUGCUCCUUGAUCGUAUUAAAGAGGUCUCUAUAAAAGCUCAUGAGUGGCUUGUCCAGAUUGACCCUGAACUUUGGGCAAGUUCGCAUUUCAAAGGCGAGCAGUACACUCCUGAGAAACCAGACUCAUUCAGUACUGCAAACUUCUACUCAAAGUGGAUCGACGAGGUGCGGGAGAUGCCGAUUACAAUGAAGCUAGAAGCGAUCAGAGGAAAUAUAAUGGAGUUGAUGCAGAGUCGUAAAACCGAAUCAGAUAGCUGGAUGACUACUUUGAGAAUCACUCCUUCCAAGGAGAAGAAGCUUCAGGAGGAAGGGGCGAGAGCUCGAUCUUACAAGGUGCUAUUCUCAAAUGGGAUCCUGUUUGAGGUUCACGACGGUUUGAUCAAUGUCGUGGAUACCGACUCGAGGAAGUGCACAUGUUUAGAGUGGGUCGUGAAUGAGUUUCCAUGUCGUCAUGCGAUUGCUGUCUCUCUUCGGACUGGACAUGUGGCGUAUGAUUAUUGCUCGCAAUACUUCUCAGUCGAGAAAUAUCGUGCGGCUUACUCUGGGUCGAUAAACCCUGUUACAGACCCUUACAGUCCUCCUGAGGAAGAAAACGAUGAGGAGAUGACCGAGUCUACUGCAGUUGUGCUUCCUCCUACAACGCCAAGGCCUCCGCCUUUGCCUAGGGAGAGGUAUUACAAAAGUAGAGGGGAACUAAAGAGGAUAAUCUUGUGUACAAGAUGCAAAGGCGAAGGGCAUAACAAGGCUACUUGUAAGGAGCCUCCUUCGGAGGAGGGAGAUAAGGAGGCUGAUGGAGCUCAGCAGCCAGAAGAACAACACCUGCUUGAAGAGCUGGACCAGGGGGAAGAAUCCACGGAGAAAGAAAGCAGCAACCUAGGAGAACAGAAGUUGAAAGCUUUGUGCACCAGGUGCAAGGGAGAGGGACAUUACGAAGCCACCUGCAAGGAGCCUUUGAUACUAACUGAGGAGGUGAACAAAGAUGAAUCGUAGAAGAUAAUUUCAUAUUUGGGAUUACCCUUGUAUCAUUGCUCUGUACAGUUUCCAUUGCUCGACUGAGGAACUCUAUUAGUAUUUUCAAGGAGAAAUGCAACUUAUCUGUUUGCUUGACUUGCCCUUGUGAUGUUAGUUGCAGUGUGACACUCUUGAAAUUUUGAUGUUAAGGCCGAA